AUGGGUAUAACGUUAACUAUAGAACAGACAAAAAUUAGCAUUAUCCAAACAUAUGCUCCACAACAGGGCAGAAGUCUGAGGGAGAAAGAGCAGUUUUAUGAAACUCUACAGGAAAUGACAGAAACAAUAAGACAUCACGAGAAUGUCAUUGUCAUGGGAGACAUGAAUGGACAUGUCGGACAAAAUAGAGAUGGAGUAGAGCACGUCAUCGGAGAGUUUAGCAUUGGAGAAAGGAACCAGGAGGGAGAAAGAAUAAUAGAUUAUUGUGUGAUGAAUAACAUGUCCAUUAUGAAUACUUAUUAUAAACAUCAGGAGAGCCAUAAAUGGACAUGGUAUCGGUGGAAUGCAGCACAACAAGGAUAUACUGAGAGGUCAAUGAUUGACCUGUUUCUCACCAACAAGAAAAACAUAUUUAAAGAUGUUAGGACCAUACCAUCUGUGUCCUUAGACUCUGACCACAGGUUGGUGGUGGCUAAAUUGAAAACUGUAAAACCAAAGGAAAAAGUCAAGAAAAAGCAAAAGAGAUUCAAACUGGAAAACCUCAAGGACGAAGAGAAGAAGCAAGCACUGCGGCAACUGGUAACAUUACGUAAACCAACCGAACUGGAAUUGGAAGAAAUGAACAUAGAAGAACAAUGGAAUAAAUUCAAGAACACUGUGUAUGGGGCAGCUGAGGAGACAGUUGGUAAUGGAGCCACAGGUUGGCUGCAUGGUCUAGAAUCAAGACAACGGCAGCUUAAACACUCCAUCACUACUGUCUUAGCUAGUCUUCUCACUCCUAUGAUCCAAAAGUUGGUCCUUAGAGAUGAAAUGACAGUGUCAACACCUGCAUGCUUCAGAAAUUUAUGUUGA